UCUGUGGGGUCCGUACUUGUGCUGCAUCUUUACUGUAGUAGUUUGUCGAAGACUGCUGCGAUCGAUUGAAAAUUCUAUUAAGGCGUCAUCAAACCGUUUUUAAUGGACCCUCGUAUGAAUAUGUUAUCUUUUGGGSGAUGUGUAGUACAAUAGCACAAAAUGUGUUGCCGACAAGAUUCAUUAGGACGAUCGAGUAUAAACUGACCUUGGACCUUGACGUAGACACGCACUUCAAGUUUAGCCAGGUUCUGUCAGAAAUAGCAUACCAGCCUGACUUUCAUCCCGCGCUCAUCUAAUCCGGCAAGUAAACAAGGAGUAAACCGGCCGGCAGGCCAUGUUCGCAGACCUUCUACCUCUGACUAUUCUGAGACUAUAGAUUAAAAUCUAUAGUCUCAAUUUCAUCGGUAGGAAAUAUAAAAUCGCAAGUUGGGCGUAUGGAUAACAAAGAUAAAGACCUUUAAGCAGUAUGCAGUGAUGACAGCUGGGAUUUAGAGGUUCACUCUGCUGCAGCCACAAGAGUUGUACAUUUACUCUUGAAGCUCGAUAAUUCUCAAAAACACUCAAGAAAAAUAUAACGGAAUGGCACCCCAGUCAAUMGAUCACAUUCUCACACAAGUUGGCAGUCUUGGAUUUUAUCAAAUUAGGCUGYUAUUUAUACUGAGUUGGGUGCUUUUGUUCAACGUUGGAUAUCCCUAUCUUUUGCUAACAUUUUUGAUCAUUGAACCACCAUGGAGAUGUGUUWCAAACAGUUCAGUUUGUGGGAUCGUAGGGAAUAUUAAGCCAGCUGAUAAUGAUUAUCAAUUUCGAUGUUCUAUUCCAAGGCAUGAAUGGGAGUUUACUGGAGAAAGGAGCACUGUUAUAACAGAGUUUCAGUUGAUCUGUGACAGUGCCUCGUUGGCUGUAGUUGCUCCAACGCUGUUCUUUGUUGGCACUUUGGUGUCUGACUGCUUUUGYGGAAUUCUCUCUGACAAGAUUGGUCGGAAGCCUGUGAUGAUAGUKUUUGGAUUCUUUGUUGCUAUUUUCUCCUUGGGUGCAGCUUUAGCAAAGAGUUAUUGGCUUUACUCUUUGUGCAGAUUCUUUGUAGGCCUUAGUUAUUCAUCAACCUUUAUUCCCAUGUAYACCUUGAGUACUGAAUUUGUUGCWGUUGCUCAGCGUCAUAUUUCUGGGACUGUUAUUUGGUGUAGUUGGUCACUUACUGUCAUGUCAUUGGCUGGCCUUGCUUAUUACUUUAAAGACUGGCGGCAUCUGACUUUAGCCGGAGCUGUACCUGCAUUUCUUAUAAUUACUUUUUGGUGGUUUACUCCCGAGUCAAUAAGGUUCCUCCUUUUAAAAGACAAAACAGCUGAAGCUAGGAAAACAUUGAUGACAAUUGCCAAGACAAAUAGACGUGAAUACCCRCCUGGCGAGACUCUUGAUGGUUUGGUGUUUACUAAAGAACAAAGAAAAGGAAACUUUUUUGAUUUAAUCAGAACCAGAAAGAUGUUGCACAUAACAGUUUCUGUAUUUUUUAUUUCGCUCACAGCAACUGUGGUAUACUUGGCAGUCACCAUUACUUCACCAUCUCUUGGUGGGAAUAUGUACCUCAAUGUAUUUAUCAUGGGUAUUAUUGAGAUCCCUGCUAAUUUCAUUUGUAUGGUGGUUAUUAAAAGGUUGGGCAGAAGGAAAGUGAUUGCAAUUAGUUUGAUUGUUGCUGCAACUGGUGCAGUUCUUGUAAUACUCCUUACAAGGUACGAUCCAGGAAGUUACCAAGGUUUUGCAAUAGGUAGGGUCUCAACAUCAGCACUAGCAAAGAUGGCAGUUUCAGUUGCAUACAUCACUGUGACCAUGUUUGCUUCGGAGUGCUACCCAUCAGUCAUAAGGGGUACAGGUUUUGCAGUCUCCAAUGCAGGAGUUGAUAUUGGUGGUAUUAUUACUCCUUUUAUCAUAAAAUUGGAUCACAUUAGUCCAUUGAUUCCAUAUGGUUUUAUUGCUGGGGCUGCACUACUUUCUGGGAUUUUAUGUUUAACUUUGAAAGAAACUGGUGACAAACCAACCAGGGAAACACUAAAUGACAAAGACUGGACAGAAUCAUGUCUGGCUGAUACAACUGAAGGGGAAUUCUCUGAUGAGAUUAGAGAAACAGAUGUAUAGGAAAUUAUUUAAAUUAAUAUAAAUGUACAGGGUAUAAUUAACUUAUAUUAGCAGUUUUUUAAAGUUUAAAUCAAAAAUUAUUAGUACAUAAUAUUUAAUAGGGCAAGGAACAGCAGAUUUAGUAAUUUUUUUUAGUUUACCUUAAAAAUUAAACUAGUCGCUUACUCUGUCCAUAAAAUUAAAUCGCAUUACAUAAUAUAAGUUCUUAUUAAAUUUAUGACUAUUUGUUCAUUCUUAGAUAAUUAUUGUUUACAUCUCAUAUUUUGGUACGAAGACUGUUCAAGUUCAGGGAUAGUGACCAAAUAUAAUGUUAGGAAGUAACUAUUUAGAUAAUUAUUAUUUCAUGGACAUUGUGAAAUCACAAUUUUUAA